ACAUCAGCUGAUGACUUCCGUUGUUGCCAUUCUGCUUGUCGUUGGAGAUAAGAACAAUUGCAGAAGCGCUUUCUUUCAUCCAAGAACGGACUCGGUUUCCCUGGUCUUGUUGAUGUCAAAUUAAGGAUUAAGAAGAAAUUGCAGCAGUGUCCCUCUCCUCAGUCGUCGCUAACAUUCCAUCAAUGAGUGCUUCGGACAGUGAAGAGGACUCCUACAAUGAGAGGACAGCUCUGGUUGCAUCCAAGAUACCGCCUGUGCCAUCUUACCAACAAGACCCCGACCAACCCCAGCCUGCAGACAUGGAGCCCAGGCGGCACCCGGUGGCCCCAGAGCCUGCAGCUGAGCCCCCCAGCCUGGACAGGAGUGUCGUGGAGCGGGAGCCCGUAGACCUGGAGGACGACGAGGAGCUCACCCUCAAGUACGGCGCCAAGCAUGUCAUCAUGCUGUUCGUCCCCGUCACCCUUUGCAUGGUGGUCGUCGUAGCCACCAUCAAGUCGGUCAGCUUCUACACUGAGAAGAACGGACAGCAGCUGAUCUACACGCCAUUCACAGAGGACACAGACACGGUGGGCGAGCGGCUGCUCAACUCUGUGCUCAACACCCUCAUCAUGAUCAGCGUCAUCGUGGUCAUGACCAUCUUCCUGGUCGUGCUUUACAAAUACCGCUGCUACAAGUUCAUUCACGGAUGGCUCAUCCUGUCCUCACUGAUGCUGCUCUUUUGGUUCAGCUUCUUGUACCUGGGGGAGGUAUUUAAAACCUACAACAUGGCCAUGGAUUACCCCACAGUAGCCAUGAUCAUCUGGAACUUUGGGGCAGUGGGAAUGAUCUGCAUACACUGGAAGGGGCCCCUGCAGCUGCAGCAGGCCUACCUCAUCGCCAUCUCGGCCCUCAUGGCCCUGAUGUUCAUCAAGUACCUGCCCGAGUGGUCCGCCUGGGUCAUCCUGGGAGCCAUCUCCGUCUACGAUUUGGUUGCAGUCUUGUGCCCCAAAGGUCCUCUCAGGAUGCUUGUAGAGACAGCACAGGAGCGCAACGAGCCCAUCUUCCCUGCACUCAUAUAUUCAUCUGCCAUGAUAUGGAUGGUUGGGAUGGCCAACCCAGCAAUAAAUGCAGAGCCCACAAAUGAAGAGACAGACGAGGAAGCACAUCAGAGUGAGGGCAGCGCCCUGGCGGGAGACUGGGCGGAGCCAGAGAUCCAAGUGUCCUCAGGGAUGAACAGGUCCUACUCAACCGAGGAUGACCUAGACGAGGAAGACCGAGGAGUCAAGCUGGGACUGGGGGACUUCAUCUUCUACAGUGUGCUGGUGGGGAAGGCUGCCACCACCGGAGGAGACUGGAACACCACGCUGGCAUGUUUUGUGGCCAUUCUCAUAGGACUCUGCCUCACUCUUCUACUGCUGGCCAUAUUCAAGAAGGCCCUCCCAGCUCUCCCCAUCUCCAUCACCUUUGGCCUGGUCUUCUACUUCUCUACAGACAACCUGGUCCGCCCCUUUAUGGACAACCUCGCCGCACACCAGUUCUACAUCUGACUUCCCCUCUGGGGGGUCAGUGGAACGCACAACCAUUUUUUCCCCCACGCCUGUUCUUGUGUUUUCCACCAAUGGUAGUCUGUGAGCAAAGAUUUGAUUGGGGGGGCUAUAAUGCUUUUAAAUCAGAUUGUGUAUAUUUUGCUAACAGGUCACCACAAACGAGGGUAAAAUGCAUCAGUGAUUGUUUCAUGUGGCCUUCAAUGUGGCAGAUAGACAGAUACACUUGUCUUGUAUCAAUGUG